AUGGCAAAAGUGCUUCUGCUGAGUCUCAGUUUUGUCCUCUGCCUGACGUCAGGAUGGACAUUUUGUCCUUCGAAGUGCACCUGCGACGGUGACAAGAACUUGCGUGUGUCGUGCGCCGAGGCGGGCCUCGAAGUUGUGCCAAUUCAGCUGAAUCCCGACGUGAAAUUCAUCAAUCUCGCCAUGAAUCUCAUCACAAAUGUCCACUACACGCUGCCCUUCUACACACACCUGGAGACACUGGAUCUCUCCCAGAAUCGCAUUGACACGCUGGGUGCGAAGAAUUUUGAGUAUCAGAGCAAUUUGCAGCGUCUGGACUUGAGUCGGAAUCUCAUCACGACACUGGGCAAGGAUGCUUUCAGAGGACUGAAGCGCCUUCAGUCGCUCAACAUGAGCAGCAACUUCAUCGAGGGCAUCCACAGUGGUGCUCUGGUGGAUCUCAUCGCCCUGGCGGAGCUCGAUCUCACCAACAAUCGCAUCAUCAGCCUCGAGGACACGUCCUUUCGCUCCCUGGGCGCACUUCAGCUGCUCCUGCUGGAGAACAAUCAGAUCCUCGAGGUGCCGACCAGCAAUCUCGUCUAUUGUCAUCAACUGAGACGCCUCGAUCUCACCGGAAACUUCAUCGAAUCCGUCCGCAAUGAGAGCUUCCUCGGCCUCAGGCUGCUCGACGCCCUGGAGCUGGACGGGAAUGUGAUCAGGGAUGUGGAUGUGGACGCCUUCACAGGCCUGCAAGCCCUCGCGUGGCUCAACUUUGCCGACAACAACUUGACAGUAAUGCCGACCGUACAAUUGUCGAAGCUGUCGAAUCUAACGAAUUUAUCACUGAGUGGAAAUAGUUUCUCAUAUUUGCCCGCGGUGGCGCUAUUGAAUUUAUUCAACUUGCGAGAGCUGCAACUCGAUCGUCUCGAGCGCUUGACUCGAAUUGAUUCACGGGCUUUUGUGGACAAUACCCAUCUUCAGCACGUGUCACUGGAUGGGAAUCAGGCAUUCUGUGAUCUGCCGCCGCGCCUCUUCCACGGCAAUCCCAACUUGGAGGAUGUGUCGAUGCGCGGCGGCGGCCUGAGGACACUGGAUGCCGUGCAGUUUCCGCUGGAUCGACUGCGACGUCUGCAGCUGGCGGACAAUCCGCUGGAGUGCAAUUGCUCGCUGCUGUGGCUGUGGCGACUGGUGCACGAGGAGGAGCGCCUGGAUGCGGAGGGCGGCGCCCCGAGUAGCCUCAGUCUGGACAGCGAGGCCAUCGGCUGCGACGUGGUGGAGGACAACGUGCGCCUCCGCCGACGUUUGAAGGACAUGUCCGAGGGUGAGAUGGAGUGUCCGGCACGCCUGGUCACCAUCGUGUGCGCCGUGCUGUCGGUGCUGCUCGUGACGAUGGCGGGCGUGAGUGUUGUGCUGUAUCUGCAGUUCGCGCGACGCCGGAAGCGCAUCAUGGAGGAGCGCAAGAAUGUGAAUGAGCGCAUUGUGCCACAGCAGAUUGACAAGAUGGAGCUGGAGCGAUAUCUGCAGGCCCAGGCGCUGACCAGUGAGUAUCGCACGCUGCGCCCCUGGGAGAUUCCCAUCAAGGAGGCCGAGCGCGAGGAGCCGGAUCACUAUGAGAAGUUCGACUACUUCGAUCACCGUCGCAUGCCGACGCCCAAGGGCACCCCCACGCCCCACGUCGUCUACGUAUGACUCCCAGGAGUCCAGCAGCGUCACAUCAUUCACAGCUGAAGAUGAAGAAGAAGAAGAUGGCAAAAAAAAAUUGUGCAAAGACAAAGUGCAAAUGUAAGUGAAGCAAAGGUAAAAGAAAAAAAGAGAGAGCGAAAUUAGCAUGAGACAUUUGAGAAAAAGCAAUAAAAAGAAAGCACAAGAACAAGAAGGAGGGUGUGUGAACGGGGGGUUUUGAGGGUAAAUUGAGAAAAUUAUUGGAUAUAAUAUAUUGACUAUUUUCAUAUUCUAUGAAAAGGGAUAUUUGUAUAAAAAAUAUUUA